AUGGCAAUUUCUCUGUGUAUUUCCCGUUUUACCCUUCUGAUACCCAUUUAUUUACUCUCCUACCUCCCGGCCUUCAUCUCCGCCGUCAACAUUACCCAUCUCUUAUCCCCUUACCCAGAUCUCUCCGACUUCUCCGACCUUCUUUCCACCACCAACGUCGCCGACGAUCUUUCCCACCGCACCUCCAUCACCCUCCUCGCCGUCCCCAACUCCUUCCUCCGCUCUUCUAACCUUAUCCGUCGCUCUUCCUCUUCCUCUUCUUCAUCCACCAAUGUCGCCGACGUCUUCCGCUACCACGUCCUACUCCAGUACAUCACCGUCCACGACCUCCGCCGCUAUCCUCCAUCCGGAAAACUCAUCACCACCCUCUUCCAAACCACCGGCCGAGCUGCCGACACUUUCGGCUCCGUCAACGUCACACACAACCCCGACACCGACACAACCACCAUCCGAUCGCUAUCAGCUGACUCCCAAACACCCAACAACAACAACGCCACCGUCAUCUCCCUCGUCGUAACCUUACCUUACAACGUCAGCAUCUUCACUGUCAAUUCACUCAUUCUCCCAUACGGAUUCGAUCUGAUGGCGGCGGAAAGUCGUCCACCGUUGGGGCUUAACAUCACUAAAGCCCUAAUCGACGGCCACAACUUCAAUGUAGUGGCGUCAAUCCUUUCAGCCUCGGGAGUCGUGCAGGAAUUCGAAUCUGAAGCAGGCGGAGCAGGGAUAACCUUGUUCGUGCCUACAGACGAUGCUUUCGCCGAUCUACCGGCCACCGCAAACUUCCAAUCCUUGCCGGCGGACAAGAAAGCCGAUGUGUUACGAUUCCAUGUAUUGCAUUCAUAUUACCCACUCGGGUCGCUCGAGUCAAUAGUGAACCCGGUUCAACCAACCCUAGCUACUGAAGAUAAAGGAGCCGGAAGCUUCACAUUGAACAUUUCUCGGGUUAACGGGUCGGUUGCAAUCAGUACGGGUAUAGUGGAAGCUUCCGUGACCCAAACCGUAUCUGAUCAGAACCCGAUUGCGAUUUUUGGGAUUUCGAAGGUUUUAUUACCGAAAGAGAUAUUUGGGAAGAAAGAAACAGUGGUUGAUGCUCCUGCCGCAGCUGGAGCUCAGUCGCCGGUUAUGUCACCUCCGCCGCUGAAUUCUCCACCGGGAUUUUAUGGUCAGUCGUGGCCGCCAGGGCUCCGGGAGGAAGUACAUUCUACGGCGGGGGUAGGGAUCGUGAAUUUGGGAUUGUUGUUGUGUACAGGAUUGUUGUAUGUAUUAAUAUGA